GUGGAACGAGAGUGAGUGAGUGAGGUAGAACAACAAGCAAAGAAGAAGAAAAAAACUGCAACAUGCCAUCAUCGAGUGAAAAAAAUUCGUCACCAACAUACUCAAAUGAGGACGCAAAAAAUAAUGUUGAUGCAGAUUUGGUGAUGCUUGAAGAGCUGAAAGUAAAAUGUCGUGCCCAAACGGAGCAAAUAAUGGCUUGGAAGAAAGCUUAUUCAAUGCAGAGCGAACAGCAUUUUCGAGAGCAAUUGGAGAAGACGGAUCAAUUAUCAUAUCUCACUGGUCAACUUUUGUUGCUGGAGAGUCGCUUAGUGCGGAAACAGAAACAAAUUGCCAACAUUUUGUACAAUAAAGAGCUAACAAUAUACCGUCAACAGAAGAUAAUUGAGGCACUAUCUAGUCGAUUAGAGCUGCAUGGGCUCGAUCAUCAAAUCAUUUUGGCUGAUACACAAACUGAAUGUGAUUUAAAUGACUCCGAUUCAGCUGUUGUACUCGAAGAUAUUGAUGACUGCAAUUCACUCAUAUCAUUAAAAAAGAAGUCAUGUAGUAAUGAUGUUGUAAGAUCAAUAUCAGAUGUGAUACAAAUGCCACGUCGUACAUUACAAAAAUCAAAUUGUUAUUUGCGCCGUCCAGACAUAUUGGAGACUGUUUAUAGUGUAGAGGAAGAUCCCGAUGCAAAUAGUCAAGAGCUGAAGGAUAAAGACUCACAAAUAAUAUCAACACAACCUAUACAGCAGCAACAGCAGCCACAAAAUACUGAUUUGGCUGAGAAACGUGAUAAAUUUAGAAAUCGUUCUGAUAAACGAAUAUCCGAUGCCAUUGAUGAUCCAUCGGAUAAUUCAGCAGAUUCAAUUUCCAUAUCGACAAAUCAAUCGUCCUCAUCGACAACAACCUUCUGGGAAAAGUUGACGAGCUAUUAUGAUUAUUCUAGAUCUAGUACACCCGUGUCGAUAAGACGAGCAUCAGAAGACGAUGUAAAGCUUCAUGAGCACCAACAUCAUCAAGUAACAAAUUAUAAUCGUGUAAUGUCUAAUCAUCGAUCUGUAACAAAGCCUAAGGAUGUGAAAUAUAAGAGAAUUAAUAAAGCAAAAUCAAAGAGCCUCGAGGAGUUGAGGGGGAAGCUUAAAAAUUGGGUGGAGCAUCGGUCGAGUGGAUCCUAUAAUGUUCAGCAGGAAAAGCUUCGCUAUGAGGACGCAUAAAAAUUUGUGCUUCGUGAUUUUUGCAUUUUUUAAUUUCAAUAAAUUGAAUAAAUUUUACCAAAUAUGCGCACCAUUUUUGAGAUAAAAAGAAAGACAACAAGGAUAUAUGUAUAAAUAACUAUAAAGCUGUAUAAUAACUAAUUAUCAUUCAAUAUAAAUUAAACCAUUUUUCGAAUUCAAAUACGAACUUCUGAUUAUUAUGCUGAUUGAAUAAUCAUUUGAUGAAGUUCAACGAACAAUUUGUUAUACUCUGAUUAAAUAAUUUAAGCUAUAAGUAAAUGGAAUUGCUCAAAUAUGUCAUGACGUAUUUGUUUUACUAAGAAGUCGAGAUAGGAGUUCCGAAUUGUG